GUUUGUCGCGUUCCAUCUUGGCAUUCGAAGUACGCAACUUGGUGAGGGCGCUUUUUUCUUUUCUUCUUCUUCUUCGGCACAGUACUCCCCCUCAUACGCCAAAGAACAGUUUAUUUUCUUUCUUAUUGAGAUUCCUCUUCAUAGUAUUUCGACCCGUUGCCGCUGUUCUUUCCGGAUCAUCGCAGUACACACGCGGUCAUUGCCUCUUCCUAUCUUUCCCUUUCCCCAUUCACUUUUGCAGUAGAACGACUGCAGAGUCCCCGUGGAAAACAGUUAAGGAAAGCCAACACACACACAGAGAGAGAGAGAGAGACACAGACAGAGACACACCGACAUAUACGUAUUCGCCGAAAAGGAAAAGAAAGAAAAUGGGCUGCGGCUACUCGACCUACUCAGCCCAGGACGACAUCGUCUGGAAGUACGGCGGUCCGCCGGAGGAGCCGCUGAAGGCGCUGAAAAUGUUCCCGAAGCAGCAGAAUGGGCUGCUGUUCCGCCUGCUGUACGACGAUGGCGAGCGGUGGGCCUUCUACAACGACACCGUCGAGUACGAGUUCCACAUUCGCUACUACUUUAGUCGGGAUAGCGAUAUUGAGGUGCUGCACAACGCCACUCUGUCAGAGCUGGAAAACGGCAAUAAGCUAGUGGAGAUCAUCGUCUACCCGAAGGAGACACAAGAUUUUAUCGUUGGCGUCGCCGGCAGCUACACGAGCACGAUCGAGGCGAUUCCCGUGACGGAGCGCUUCAAGUGGGAGAAGUCGAAGGAGAAGUACGAGAAGAAGCUUUCAAAGAAGAAGUGA